AUGGACUCAGAGAAUAGUAAAUUGGGAAGCACUGCAGUGCCCUCCAGGGUUAGAAAGGGCCCACCUCCCAAGGUUGUGGCUAAACCAAGCCCUCAGGAAGACACAGAUGAAGCCGCAGCACUAGAGAAAUUUGCACUCGAGUUAAGAUGGUGUUUGCAGCAGAUAGAACUCAGCAUGGAGAAGAAGCAGGGAAAUUCCAAACAAAGUGAGGAAUUGAUGAAGAAUCACUUGACUUUAUCGAACAACAAGACUCCCACGGUAAAGAAAAGACAGCUCAUGAGGUCAAUGUUUGGGGACUACAGGAAGAAGAUGGCCGACGAGGAACAGAAAUUUAAGAUAGAAAAACCCAAAAUGAAUGCAAAGAUUACUGUCCCAAAGCAGUCAAAAUGUGUGAAAAAAUCAACUAAAAAAGAAUUUCCCUUCGACUUCUAA